GAUAAAAUAUCGUCCCCAAUCUCAAAUCUCUUUUAGGAGAACUUUCUCCUUCCAUUCCGCAUCAAAAGCCGCAUCAGAUGUUUUUGGCGAAUGUUUGUUCAAAUUUUCUCACAAAAAAAUAAAAUUUAUGAACUUCAAAUCCUAAUUUGUGUCAAAUCUAAUGAAAAAUCUUACUUUUAACAAUCUUUCAACCGUGCAUUUUAAGAGCAUUCAAAUUAGUGUUUGUGGAAUAAACUAAGACUAUACAACAGUAGAUAAAUAGUGUAGUUACAUAGUAGUUUCAUAUUAUAUAUAGCUUGUGAAAUUUCAAAAUGAUUUCACACCGCAACAGCCGCAUUGUCAUUGUAGCAACUGCAAUGACCGCAUUCACAACAACCGCAACUGUUACCGCAUCGGCGACCGCAACUACAAUUUAAAACCUUGGUUAGUUAAUAGCAUAAAAAUUUAUUUUAUUAAAGGCGUGAUUGUUUGCAACGUACAUGAUUAAUGAAUAAUUUAACAGAGUCUCAAAGGUUGCUUUCACAUAAAAAAUGGAACAAGCAGAGGACAAAUUGUCAAUUCUACCAAAAUUCAUUCUUCAUAACAUACUAUCAAGGCUACCAGAAGAAGAUGCCUAUAGGACAAGUGUUUUAUCAAAGGCUUGGUUAGAGACAUGGUAUACUUUUCCCAUCUUAUGUUUCUACAAUAUUGAAUUGAUAACAGAGUCGAAGAGUAAGGACUUGAUUGAAUAUGUAAAGAGCAGAUUAUUAAGGUUUUGGGAGCAAAGGUUGGCCAUCAAAGAAUUUAACUUUUCUAUAAUAGAUAUUCUUGGAUGCAUGUCAAAUGAUUUUGAUCUUUGCUUGAAGUUGGUGAGUGAAAGUGGUGUUGAAGUUUUAGAUGUUUGUUUUCCUAAAUAUAGUUCUAUGAUCAGCCAAGAUGAGAAAGGUCGUCGGGGAGAAUGUUAUUAUGUCUUACCGAAGGGUGUAAUUGAAAUAAAAUCACUUACCAAGUUGGUGUUAGAAGGGGGUAUUAGAGUCGACGAAGCAUUGAGGAAUCAUUCAAUUAAAUUUUUUUCGUUGAGAGAAUUACAUUUGUUGGAAGUCGUUUUGAAAGAUGGACAAGCAAUCGAGUGCCUCAUUUCUUGUUGUCCUUUGAUUGAAGUUAUAACUUUGAUGCUUUUAAGUGGCAGUAUGAAGUCUUUGAGCAUGCGUGGUCUAAAAAAGCUCAAGACAGUUUAUGUUGAUGGAAUAAAAGAGGUUUAUAUCGAUGAAGCUAAUUCGAGUCUUAAGAGUUUAUAUUAUUGCCAUGAUUAUAUGAGCAUUCCAAUAUUUAAGAUUGAGUUUAUUCAGUGCUGCAAAUUUUUGAAAGAGUUACUCUUGUCUUUGUAUGAUACUACUAUCAUCACAGAAAAAUGGUUUCUUGAAAUAUUACCAAAAUUUCCAUUUCUUGAGACGUUGGAGAUAUGGAAUUGCAUACUGUCUGAGACGAUUAAUAUUUCAAGUGUUCAACUUAAAUAUUUACGAGUAUCAGAUUGCUCUAAUUUGAAGGUGGCCAACAUUGAUGCUCCAAAUCUAUUGACAUGUAACUUUAAAGGUUUUAAUGGCUCAAAACCUAUUAUAUCUUUUUUAAACAAUAUUUCUACUCAACUACAACUCUGUCUUAGUAUCUCGAUUUAUGAUUUUGAUAUUUUUUACGUGAGGGAACUUCUCCAAAAUAUCAAACCCCAAAAUGUUUUUAUAUCACUAUUUCUAUCCAUCUCUUGUUCUGAGGGUGCACCAAGACCGGUGUUCUUGGAUAUUCCAUCCCCUCCACCAAGUAUCAAGCAUUUGGACUUAGACAUUGAGAUUCAUUCAGAAAUAAAUGAAACUUUGUAUUCAGAUAUUGCAGAUUUUUUACUUUUGUGUUUCGUACCUGAAUAUAUAUCUUGGAAUAACUUGGAAACCAAACAAUUCGUUGAGCGAAAUGAAAGAAUUGGAAAUGUGAUGUUUCGUGAGAAUAUUGCUAUGAAUGUGAAGUUUUGGAAGGAAGUGAAGUCUUUGAAGGUUUUGUCCUCCAAGUCGAGAGUUAGGACUGAGAGCCAUAUUGACUUCCACCUAGGUGAGAGGAGGCUAGUGGCGACCACUUGUUUGGUUGGAAUAAAAGAAAGAAUGUGA